CGGGGAUGUUAUGUGAACUUGGCUUGAUGUGAACUUGAAUUUGGAACAGUACUUUGGGCGCGACUAAAAACACAAGUACUGUAGCCUACAGACAAGAACGCAUAUUGAGAAACAGCCUCUCUUGUUAGUAAUCCACAGCGGAUAUCUGUACCUGAUCGAUCUUAAAGAAAUGUUCAAAGCUGUAUAGAGAGUGAAGGUGACAUCUUUCCUGUUCGAGAGUGGAGCUCCACUCGCUCAUGGUCUGCAGCCAGCAACUUUUCGCCAUUUCACAGAUACAAAUAUUUUCAUUCUUUAACAAUGGAAGCAUGUCAUUAUUUAGUGUCUUUCAUACUUCUUAUCUUCAUCCCAGGGUCCAGAGCUGAAGACACUGUGUUUGUGGAGACAGGAGCUUCUGUUCAACUGGAUAUACAGAGAGAUAAACUACCUGAUGAGUUUGAGGAGAUAUUAUGGCAGAAUGAAAAAUCAGACACUAUAGUGAAAUAUUAUAUUCAAUUUAAAGCAGUUAAAGAGUACAAUCACUACACGGACAGAGUGGAUUUUAAUACUGAAAGUUUCUCUCUAACACUGAAGAACAUGAAGAAGACAGACAGUGGAGUUUACAGAGCAAGAAUAACUGGAACAACAAAUAGAGAUGUUGCAGUACACAGAGUAUCUGUUAUAGAUGCAGUGAAGUCUCCUGACCUGACUGUCAUCUCUUACCCGAGCAGUGACUCCUGUAGUGUAAACUUCACAUGUAGAGCUCAUGACAUCACACUUCACUCCACUUAUAAUAAUGAUAACUGCUCUCCAGAGAAAGUGACAUCACAUGAGAAGUUCACUCUCAUCCUGAUCUGUAGUAAUGAAACCAUCAUCUGUAACCAUAGCAACCCUAUCAGCUGGAAAACAGACAUGAUAGACAUUAAACAGCUUUGUAAAGUUCAUCCAGAGAUUCUAGAACAACAAAACAAUUUCAUCACUCCCAUCUGGAUGGUGGUCUGUAUAGUGGUGGUGUUGGUGGUGGCAGUGGUGGUGGGGUUUGUGUUUUUGUCCCGCUGCAGGAAGAGAAACCUUUAAGGGUACGUUUUCAUCGCCACACACGAUGGUUUUACAGCCAUAGCUGAGAUCCUCUCUCAGGCAUAAGAUGCAACGGGAGAAACCAGCACGGUCUGCAAACAACCAGCUUCAUCCAACAGUACCUGAGAUCAAACUGAAACAACGGCUGGCUUUCAUGGAGAUUAUACAGCAGGUCAUUUGUUCAGUUGCAAAAAUAUAAAAUGCAACCUCUUUUAAAACAAAGAAUAUUUGCAUGUUGAUCAACAAUGUUGAUGUGAAAAUGCAGAAAACACAUAUUUUUGCAGCAUAUGUUUACUCCAUGAAUCUCUUUACAAUUUUUUUAAUUAUUCAGUUAUUUAGUGAUUAUUCUCAUAAUCAAGUAGUAUAAAAAACCUUGCACUUUCAUGUCUUACACCACGCCGUCUCUUAUUUAAUCCUUCUCCCAUGCACUUAGAGGACUUUGCUGAAAAAUAAUUCUGCCAACAUUGUGGUAUUUCUGAAUGGUGUGAGGCUGGGAUUAAGCAGAUUUGAGGUGAAAGUAUUUGACUAACAUAUAAUAUGUGCUGACUGAGAGCAUUCUGUCAAUAUCAUUAUUUCAGUUUUUGAUGGAGGUGGCAUUUAGUGGCUUUUGCAUCUGAGCUCUUUAUAUUUUGUCUGCUGUUGUACAUUCAGAUUACAAAAGGAUGUUUUAAUUAUUAACAUAUUGUUUUGUGUUAUUCUAUUUAACACAUUGUGUCAUUUUAACACAUUAUAGGGCAGUUUCCUGGACAGGGUUUAAUCCAGGCCUUAGUUAUAUUUAGUACAUUUGAGUACUUUUUACAAACAAACCUUACAAAAAACAAUACUGCUGUGCAUCUUGAGACAAAACAAUAACACUGAUGUAUGUUAAAAUAUGUCAGUGCAAGAUGUUUUUUAAUUAAGGCAGCUCAAACAUACAUUUUAGUCUGUGAUUAGUCUUAAACCCUGACUGGGAAACUGCACCAUUAUGUCAAAUAUCAGUUUUAUCCAACAGCUUCAGUAAUGGCGGUCUUAAUUUUGUUGAUUUGCAAUCUUAAAUAAUACUUUCAAAAUCAAUUGUUUGAGAAAUUACUUGAGAAAACCAUAUAGCAUUUUAUACUGGAACAUGUUUUUUAUUAAAUGGGAGGUUUGAAUAUCAGCAUUGAUAAAAUUCCUGUUGUUCUUUCUAUUUUUGAUAAACAAGCUUUAUUAGUAUGAUCUAUGAUUUCCAAAAACAAUUUCCCACAACCAAAUAUUUUAUUUUGAAUAAUAGAAAUAUAUGUUAUAAACAAAAGUCUCCUUUUUUUAAACUGUUUUAGGAAUGGGAUCAGUCGGUUAAAUUAAUUAUUUAAUCAAGAGGUUACUUACCAAAAAUUUGUUUUAAUAUUUCUGUAAACAGUAUGCCGUUUGGUGCUUUCCCUAUUGGUGUCAUUGUUAUUUAUGGGCAACAACCAUAUUUUAAAUAAUAAUAAAAAUAUUGAUUUUCUUUUUUCUGUUGAUGACUGUUUCCACUUCUCUUGCUGUCAUAACAUGAAACAGAUUAGUGGAAAAUAUUUUAUGUAAGCUUGUGUCAUUACGUCAGCUUGAAAUGUGAAGCGCUAUUGGCUUUGUGAGCGAUUGUGUCAUGUUCUUGUGUUGUACUUUAUGUUUGAAUAUGACAAGCAAAAACUGACAAAAAUGAAUCAGAGUGUCUAUUUACACUAAGUUCAAAUAUGGUCCCUUAUUGUCAAUGUCUGUUUUGAGCAGUAAAGUUUAAAAAAGACAUCAACAGCUUCGGUGGUGCAGCAUUAGUGUGUAUGACUCGUGGGACUGACUUUUGGCGGGAUGUUGAUGUUUCGUAUCCACCUUUUGUUGACCUCACUCUUCUCCCUUUACUAUCACAUAUAGCAUCUGUUGCUAAGAAAAUAUCACUUAGUGUUAAUAACCGGUGCCUAAAUUAAUAUGCUGGGUUAUAGAAAUGUUGUGUUGCAUAGUAUGCUAUAUUCACAUUUUAUGGUAUAUUAUGUUGCUAUUAAAAAUGUCAUAAGUUUUAAAGGCCUUUAAAGGCAAACAGAAAUGCACAAAUUGUGAUCAUCUCAAGGCAAGAAUGGAUC